UCGCAGGAAGCCGGACUGCCUUUUGUAGUCUUGCUUCUUGGGAAGCAUUUCCGGCUUCAGGGAACAGAAACCUGUGAGAAGAAAACUUUAUUUAUCUGCUGCACGGCAUGCGGAACUUAACCACUUAACCUUGGCCGACCUGGUGGUGGGAAGAAUUAGAGAAACGGACAAGGAGAGAGGCGUGACCAGGAGACUUCCGGGAGAGCGCCUGAAGUACGGUGUCCGACUCAGGCCGACACGCGUUGUCCUCCUCACUGCCGGACUUGCUAGAGUCGGACGGGAAGCGGAUAUGCCCGAGACCUGAGUCCAAGCCGACUCCACCGUCGUGACCACUGGCGAGUCCUUUUUCUCUGCUUUCAUUGCCUCAGCUCUGAAGUGAGUCGUGGACGAGCCGAUCUCAGCGUCCUGCUUGGAGAACCGGGUCGUUCUGGCAGCUCUCGUGGGAUCCGAAGGCUAGAGAAGCCCAUGUUCUUCCCCAGGACAUUGUGUUACUCCUCGGUAAAAGGCCCGUCCUCAUCUUCAAAAGAGUCUUGGCUUCUCAGCCUACCAUCUAAAACACUCAGGAGGAAGAGUUGAGAGUCUCUGCAUCCCUCACCUCCCUGGGACAGGGCCCACCAUGUCUCAGGCCACCAAGAGGAAACAUGUGGUGAAGGAGUUGCUGGGGGAGCACAUGGUGCCCUCUGACCAGCAGCAGAUCGUGAGGGUCCUCAGGACCCCAGGGAACAAUCUACAUGAGGUGGAGACAGCCCAGGGGCAGCGCUUCUUGGUGAGCAUGCCCUCCAAGUACCGCAAGAACAUCUGGAUCAAGAGAGGGGACUUUCUCAUCGUUGACCCUAUUGAAGAAGGAGAGAAGGUGAAGGCUGAGAUCUCCUUUGUGCUCUGCAAAGACCACGUGCGCUCUCUGCAGAAGGAUGGGCACUGGCCCGAGGCCUUCUCCGAAGUGGCUGAGAAACCCAACAAUAGGAACAGACAGACUCAGCCAGAGCUCCCAGCUGAGCCACAGUCGUCAGGAGAAGAGUCCAGCUCUGAAGACGAUUCUGACCUUUUUGUUAACACCAACCGCAGACAGUAUCAUGAGAGCGAGGAGGAGAGUGAAGAGGAGGAGGCGACCUGAGACCCCAGGACCCACUUCUCUUGCUCAGAGACUAGUCCUGGGCUCCUCUGAGCAUGGACAUUCCCAGGGGGCUCUGCGGAUCUUUCCCCCUGGAUGGGGACGAGGCAGGCCCCUCUCUGAACUGACCUUCUGACAUAAGAGAAUUAAACCCCUGGUGGGUGCUGACUCAUGCUGGUGUUGGAGUGGCUCUUUGGAGGAAGGAGGGAGAUGUGGAUAAGAUGACACACUGCUCCUCGGUGGUGGCCUCAUGGGCAGGUGGGCUGAGUGGGCAGGAAAUGGGGAAUUUCUGGAAUCUUUCCUAGUUUCUCUCUGUCUCGUCCAGCACUUAGGUCAGUGCCAGGCCCUGUGUGCUUGCUUGCAUGUAGUUAAUGCAUGGGCGCAUUCCCACUUCAUCGCCCGCUUGCAGUUAAUGCUGACUCAGGCGCGUAGGGUCACAGUGGGACUCGGUGCCCGCCUGCCUCUGUGAGACACUCAGGGUGAAUCUCGUGGUGCUUCGUGAGCCACUGUUCCCGUCUCUUUCAUCACCUGUGACCACAGGAGUACCCACCGUGACGUUGCGUGUACGUCCCCUGGUCGGUGUCCUCUUUGUGGCUGCUCAGACCGUCACUCUUCAGCCACCCAUAUCAUUUCACUUCUCCUUUGAAGCUUUUCACUUCUGACUGUACAUUCUCCCUCUUCAUUGCUGGCAUUGACCUUGUAGUCAGUGCUCAGAUGUUGAAGUUUACCUCCUGGCUCAGAGUCUUCCUCCCCUGCAUCCGUUAUUGUUGUCUGCAUCCAUGGAUGGGCCCGUUCAAUGCUGUGGCCUCUUAAGUCCUUGAUGCCCCCAUCACUGAGGCCCUUCUAUUCCAGGUCUGUUGCCUGUAUCCCUAGUCACUCUCUGCCCCUAACAUCACUAGAAACUGCAGCACCGUUGGAAUUCAGAUACCUGUAUAAUCACUACCUCCAGGCUUACUCACUCAACUACUCCCCCUCCUCCCACAGAAAUGCUUUCCCCCUACCCCCGGAAGAAAUCCUUUAUCUUCAUCCUCCAGCCGUGCCGCAUUCUCACCAUCAUGCUCCUAUCUUCAUUUCCUUCUUCACGCAGCAUCAGUUCCACAGUCUACACCCUGUACUUCCUUUCUGCCUCCAUCAUGUUCAUCUAGACAAAUCUGACCAUGGUCAACCCAGUCGUGCACCUCUGUGGCUGUGCGCAAGGAACUAUUAGAGAAAGCAGCCAACCUGGCUCACUAGUUUUACCUGAAAAUUACAAGUCUCAGAUGGCCACUCAGCCCUGCCUAGCAGAUCUACCCUAGGAUGCUGUAUUUGAAAACUUUUUGACUAACUUCCCCUUCUGCUAAUUACACACAGCAGCUCAUUAUUCAUAAAGAAAUAGUAGCCAUCGGAGGGAACUCUCACCUGUUACCUGCCCUAGAUGGUGCUCACUGAUCCUCCUGUCGUUUUACCGCCCACUAACCCAGUGGGACUUAAGCCUUUCCUCUUGUACUUUGGAGCCUAUUUCUGCUACAGGACUUUGUGUCAGUUUUGGUUUUAUCAUCCUCUUUACUGGAUGUGUUAGCAUCAAAAGUAUGAUAGAAUCUCCCAUCUGAAAAACAAUCAGAAAAACCUGUCAAUGAUCCCACACCCUCUCCAGCUACCGUUUCAUUUACUUGCUCCUCAUUCACUCUUUUGUAUUUGUUCAGUAUAGUGUUACAUGUAUACACAUACUUGUAUGUAUGUACAUGUGUAUAUACGCAUGUAUAGAAAUGUAUGUACAUUUAUAUGCAAAAAAUUUACCAGGUGAGUUAAAGAUGUAUAUAUGUGGGUAUAUUUUUAACUCAUCUGAAGUUUAUUUUUUAUGGGAGAUGACUAAUUUUUUUUCCCUUUAAGGGAUAGCCACUUUUCCCUGUACCAUUAAUCUAGUGGCUCAUUCUUUCCUCACUGAUUUAAAGUACCUUUUUAAAAUAAAUGAAAUUUCCACAUUUUUA